CAGUUGCAAGCAACAAGUUUCAAUAAAAUUACUUUCGAUUCAAUAUUCAGAUGACGGUAUAAAAUGGCAAUUUCAAAAAGGUACCACUAGAAAAGCUGCUGAAGAUGGAAACAUAGAAAUUUUAAAAUAUGCUCAUAAAAAUGGAUGUCAAUGGGACGAUGAUACGACUAUUGUAGCAGCUGCAAAAGGUAAUAUGGAAUGUUUAAAAUAUGCGCAUGAAAAUGGGUGUGAAUGGAACGAAGAAACAACAAAGGCUGCAGCUUCAAAAGGAAAUUUAGAAAUCUUAAAAUAUUUACAUGAAAAUGAAUGUCCUUGGAAUAAAAGCACAACAGAAGCAGCUGCAAAAUAUGGUAAUUUGGAAUGCUUAAAAUAUGCUUAUGAAAAUGGAUGUCCUUGGGAUGAAUUAAAAAUUGUACAAAGUGUUAUUAAAAAUACUGAUCUAGAUAUUUUAAAAUAUGCUCACAAAUAUAUACAUAAAUUAAAUAUAGUUCUAACUAUCAUAGCUGCUCGUGCAGGUAAUAUAGAAAUUUUAAAAUAUGCACAUAACAAUAAAUGUUUGUGGGAUACAAGAACAACAGAAGCCGCUGCAAAAUAUGGUAAUUUGGAAUGCUUAAAAUAUGCUCAUGAAAACAAAUGUCCAUGGGAUAAAAAGACAACAGAAGUUGCUGCUUCAAAUGGUAAACUACAAUGUUUAAAAUAUGCACAUGAAAAUGGAUGUCCUUGGGAUGAAAGUACAACUGAAAAAGCAGCUGCUAAUGGACAUUUAGAAUGUUUAAAAUAUGCACAUGAAAAUGGCUGUGAAUGGAAUCAAUUUACUAUUAUGUUAGGUACUAUUAUAAAUGGCAAGCUAGAAAUUUUAAAAUAUUUACAUGAAAAUGAAUAUCCGUGGGAUGAAAGCACAACAGAAGUAGCUGCUUCUAAUGGUAAAUUAGAAAUUUUAAAAUAUUUGCAUAAAAAUAGGUGUCCGUGGGAUGAAAGAACAACGGAAGCAGCAGCUUCUAAUGGUAAAUUAGAAUGUUUAAAAUAUGCCUAUGAAAAUGGAUGUCCGUGGGAUAAUUACACAACAGAAGCAGCUGCUUCUAAUGGUAAAUUAGAAUGUUUAAAAUAUGCACAUGAAAAUAAAUGUGAAUGGGAUGAACGCACAACACAUUUAGCUGCUUUUUAUGGUGAGUUAGAAUGUUUAAAAUAUGCCCAUGAAAAUGGAUGUCCGUGGAAUGAAACAGCAACGGAAUCAGCUGCUAUACAUAGUAGAUUAGAAAUUUUAAAAUAUUUACAUAAAAAUAGAUGUCCGUGGGAUGAAAGGACAACAAUAGUAGCAGCAUCUAAAGGUAAUUUAGGAUGCUUAAAAUAUGCCCAUGAAAAUGGAUGUCCGUGGGACGAAAUAACAACGGCAGCAGCUGCUUCUAAUGGUAAAUUAGAAUGUUUAAAAUAUUCCCAUGAAAAUGGAUGUCCGUGGGAUGAAAGAACAACGGAAGCAGCUGCAAAAUAUGGUAAUUUGGAAUGCUUAAAAUAUGCCUAUGAAAAUGGAUGUCCGUGGGAUAAUAACACAACAGAAGCAGCUGCUUCUAAUGGUAAAUUAGAAUGUUUAAAAUAUUCCCAUGAAAAUGGUUGUCCGUGGGAUGAAAGAACAACGGAAGCAGCUGCAAAAUAUGGUAAUUUGGAAUUCUUAAAAUAUGCCUAUGAAAAUGGAUGUCCGUGGGAUAAUAACACAACAGAAGCAGCUGCUUCUAAUGGUAAAUUAGAAUGCUUAAAAUAUGCACAUGCAAACGGGUGUCCGUGGGAUAAAGCCACAACUAAAGUAGCUGCAUCAGGAGGCUAUUUAGACUGCUUGAUUUAUGCUCAUGAAAAUGGAUGUAACUGGGAUAAAGAUAUUACAGCAGCAGCAGCUAUGUUUGGUAAUUUAGAUUGUUUAAUAUAUGCCCGUAAACGUGGAUGUAUUUGGGUAGAAGGUACAAUGAGAGUGGUUGCAUCGAAUGGACAUUUAGACUGCAUUAAAUAUGCCCAUGAAAAUGGUUGUGACUGGGACGAAGGUACAACAAGGGAAGCUGCUGCUAGUGGUGAUAUUGACAUUUUGGUAUAUGCACAUAGAAAUGGAUGUAAUUGGGACGAAGGGACAAUGAGUGGAGCUGCUGCAAAUGGUCAUUUAGACUGUCUAAAAUAUAGUCAUUUAAAUGGAUGUAUGUGGGACGAAGGGACAACAAGACUUGCUGCUGCAAAUGGCCAAUUUGAUUGCAUAAAAUUUGCCCAUGAAAAUGAUUGUCCAUGGAGUAAAGAUACUAUUUAUGAAGCUACUCAAAAUGGUUAUCAAAAUAUAAUUGAUUAUGUCACUGAAAAUGGCUGCCUUAAUUAAUUUUCUGUUGAAAUAUAAUUUUUAUUCAUUUA